CGGGCUCCCGGCCGACCGCAGGAGGCUCGCAGAAGCGGCAGCCGCCGCCCGACCGCAGAUAUGGAAGAAAGCCACAGUGUCACCAUGUUGGUGCCAGAUAUUGGGGAACAGGAAGCCAUAUUGACUGCUGAAACUGUCAUCAGCCCAGCUUUGGAAAUUGAUGAACGAAGAAGAGCCAAAACAGACCCACUAAUCCAUGUUAUCCAGAAGUUAAGCAAGAUAGUGGAACAUGAAAAGUCCCAGAAAUGUCUUUUAAUUGGGAAAAAGCGCUCACGUCCAAGUGCUGCAAUGCGCCCUCUUGAAACCCAAGACCUCUGUGAGAUUCCAGCUAAAGCAACCCAGUCACCUGCGGCCGACAUUAGAAGACCUGAGAUGGCGCCAAACAAUUUCAUCCCUGCCUCUCUCCCCCAGAAUGAUGGGAAGGCAAUGUCUUAUCAGUGUAGCCUCUGUAAGUUUCUGUCGUCAUCUUUUUCCGUGUUAAAAGAACACAUCAAACAGCAUGGUCAGCAGAAUGAAGUGAUACUGAUGUGCUCAGAGUGCCAUGUUACAUCUAAAAGCCAAGAGGAGCUUGAAGCUCAUGUGGUCAACGAUCAUGAAAAUGAUGCUAACGUGCACGCCCAAUCCAAAGCCCAACAGUGCAUUAGCCCCUCCUACCCCUUGUGUCAGAAAAUCGCCGAAAAAAACAAUGAAACCUUUCCUGAGGUCUCAGUCAGUGUGGGUAGUCCACAAACUCAGAUGGUCCAAACGACGUCCAUGACAGAGCUGGGUAGGAGGAAAUGGUAUGCAUAUGAACAGUAUGGCAUGUACCGGUGCUUGUUCUGUAGUUACACCUGCGGCCAGCAGAGAAUGUUGAAAACACAUGCUUGGAAACAUGCCGGGGAGGUAGACUGCUCAUACCCGAUCUUUGAAAAUGACAAUGAACCCCUAGGCCUAUUGGAUUCUUCAGUGACUGCUGCAUCCAGUGGUGUGGAUGCUGUCGUCAUAGCUAUCGGAGACAAUGAGCUCAGUAUCCACAACGGGCCAUCAGUCCAGGUACAGAUUUGCAGUUCAGAGCCAUUAUCAUCUCUGUCUCCUUUAAGAAAGAGUGCAGACCAGGCAGUACACCUGAGUCGGUCAAGUGCCCUUGACCCUAGUGAAGAGGAAAUGCUGGAAGUAAUUUCUGACGUGGAGGAGAACCUGCGAGCUGAGAGCCUGCUCUCAUCAGCACAGAAAAUCAUUAGCAGUAGCCCAAAUAAGAAAGGUCACGUCAACGUGAUAGUGGAGCGCCUGCCAAGCGCCGAAGAAACACUGCCUCAGAAACACUUCCUCAUGAAUGCAGAAAUGGAGGGGGGAAGCACCCUGAGCCCCACCAAAGCACAGAUGAGGUCUGAAGGGCCAGGUGAAGUUUAUCGUGCUGAAAAAUGUACUUUCGAUAUUGGGGGGCUGAUCAUAGGCUGGAGCACUCCAGAGAAAGACAGUGAGUUAAUGAGUAAAGGCCUGGCUCCUGAUGAGAAUGCCCCUCCAGGCCGCAGAAGGACCAACUCUGAGUCUCUGAGACUGCACUCGCUGGCUGCAGAAGCCCUGGUCACAAUGCCUAUAAGAGCUGCCGAACUCACCCGCGCCAACCUCGGGCACUACGGAGACAUAAACCUUUUAGGUCCCGACACUGGACAGAGGCAAGUAGACAGCACCUUGGCAGCCUAUUCUAAAAUGAUGUCGCCACUUAAGACUUCUUCAGAUGGAUUAACUAGUUUUAACCAAAGCAGCUCGACGUUGGUAGAGCUCCCAGAAGAUAGGCAGGAGCUGUCAGAUGGGCAAGUCAAGACAGGCAUCAGCAUGUCCUUACUAACGGUCAUUGAAAAACUGAGGGAAAGGACAGACCAAAAUGCCUCAGACGAUGACAUUUUGAAAGAGUUGCAGGACAAUGCCCAGUGCCAACCCAACAACGAUAUGACCUUGUCAGGAAACAACGUGGUGGAAUACAUCCCCAAUGCUGAGCGGCCCUACCGCUGCCGCCUGUGUCACUACGCAAGUGGUAACAAAGGCUACAUUAAGCAGCAUUUGCGGGUCCACCGUCAGAGACAACCCUACCAGUGUCCUAUCUGUGAGCACAUCGCUGGCGACAGCAAAGACUUAGAGAGCCACAUGAUCAACCACUGCAAAGCGAGAAUAUACCAGUGCAAGCAGUGUGAAGAAUCCUUUCAUUAUAAGAGUCAGCUGAGGACUCAUGAGAGAGAGCAGCACAGUCUUCUGGAAACCUUGUCCGUGGCGACUUCUAACGAGUCGGGCCUCUCCAGCGAUCCAGUGGAAGGCACAUGUGUGCAGGAAGGGAAUAAGUCUUCAGUCCAGAAACAGUAUAGAUGUGAUGUGUGUGAUUAUACAAGCACAACAUAUGUUGGUGUCAGAAACCACAGACGAAUCCAUAACACUGAUAAGCCAUACAGAUGCUCUUUGUGUGGGUAUGUAUGCAGCCAUCCUCCUUCUCUGAAGUCUCACAUGUGGAAACAUGCAAGUGACCAGAAUUAUAACUACGAACAAGUAAACAAGGCUAUCAAUGAUGCAAUUUUACAAAGUGGCAGAGUUCUGGGGAAAUCCCCUGGAAAGACUCUAUUAAACAGCAGUGAAGAGAGAACCGAUCCUAGCACUGGGAGCUCAGAAAAGCUUGUGUCAUCCUCGGAGCUGACUUCCCAGGCUCCCAGUGAAGCUGUAGGCCCCAUCGAGAGUGAGAAACUGAGCCCAACAAGUAAUACCUCAUGUCGUUUAGAAAAAAGCUCCAGCCUGGCCCCUCCCGGUAUGGAGUACUGCGUCUUACUCUUCUGUUGCUGUAUUUGUGGUUUUGAGUCAACCAGCAAAGAAAACCUCUUGGAUCACAUGAAAGAGCACGAGGGUGAAAUUGUAAACAUCAUCCUAAACAAGGACCACAGCGCAACUCUGAACACGAAUUAGGUGGAAUCAUUUCAUGAAGAGGGAAAAGCUAGAAGAUUCCUCUACACAGCAGUUUGUCUCUGCUGAUGGCAAGUAAUUGGCUGGUCAAAGAAGAAACGGUGUGGGUUUUUUUUGUUGUUUUUUUUUGUUUUUGAGGAGAUUGACAGAGCUGCCCUUGGAAAGAAAUGUGUAAUGCAUGAAAAGGAAUUCCUGAUGGGUAAGUGGUAUAUCUUUUGAGUGAAAGGAAGUGGGUUGGUGGAAGAUGAAGCAAAAAUGUAAUCCUGCAUUAACCCUCUGUCAGUUCUGCUUCAUGAUGAGUGUAUUUACUGUUAAAAAGUAGCAUAUGUAGCCAUGCAAGUAAAAGAUUGGAGAACAGGCCUUGCAGGGACUAUUCAAAACGUACUUUCAUCAGAGUACCACGAUCUUAAACAGAGGUGGGUUUUCUUCUUUCUCAAUUUUGAUAGGCAACUCAAGGACAGACCUCGUGGUUUGGUUUGGUUUUGGUUAACCUUGGCGUUUGGUUUUUUUCGUGGUAUUACAGAUAAGAAUACACAGAUUUUUAGAGGGUUUCCAAAUUGUCUACCUAAAUGUUGCCGUCUAUUGAUAGGCUUUAACCAUAUAUUUAGUCCCUAACAUACGACCCUCUAUUCCUUAAAAAGAGAAGGACAAAGAGCCCUCUGAGUUCAAAGCUAGUUUGUACUUAAAUUUAGGUAGGUGAGUCCCCACCAAACUUAAAUCUCCGGUUUCUUCAAAAAUGCUGCUUCACUGAAGGCACCACACUUCUCAAAGGUUCUAUUCAAAAUGUAUGUUUGACUAUUUAAACGUAAUCCUCUCUUCUAAACUGGUCUGAGCUUAUUAACUGAAGAAGCAAAAAAAUAAAUGUAUACCCUGUCACACCUUGAAAAUAACUGGAACUCUACCAAAAAAAUAAUUUGGGAGUGAUGGCUGAAAUUCCUUAUCCUUAAAAUGAAUACUGCUACUGAGAUUGUUCUGCCUGGAGUUUGGUAGCCUAGUUAUAUGUAACAAUCAGACACAGCACUUGGCAAGUCUCGAGACUCCUACUUAGAAAACUCUGUUUUGGUAGAGGACCAUAAGGAUACCUUGAAACCAACAAAAAGUGCUUUUCCAUGAAAACCUGCCAUUAAGUAGAGACACUCUUUCCCUCAUUCCUUACACAUUGUGUUACCAUUUAUUUCUGAGUGAGGAGAACAGGGUUUUAUAUUGUAGUUCUGAUCGUUUAUGCCUGCAUGAUCUUGUUAAUGAAAGUUCUGCUUACAAGUCUGAAGGCUGGUGUACCAGCAGUGCGCCAGCUCACGGUGCUAUCUCUGAACUUGAUUCUGACAUCUCCUGUAGUUGAGGCCACAACUCUGGUACAUUUAGAAUAUCGAAAGUAAUUUUUGAAUAAGAUGCUUUGCAGACCUGAUUUUAGGAAAAAGAAUUCUGUUCCCAAAGUCCAGGUAUUAAUUGAAUAAAUUAAUAUUUUUAAGAUAGUAUUAGUGGGCCCACCUAGGCAUCUUGGUUUGUUUUUUAAUCUCAUUCUGAUGAUAUUUAAAUGAAAUGGAUCAUAAUUUAAAGCUUAUUAAUUUAGGUAGCAUUUAUUUACAAGAAUUAUUCUUUUUUAUGUUUUUUAAAAAGAUAAAAUAAAUAUUUAUAUACUAAAUGAUUUAGCCUCAAGUCCAUUGGGUGUGGGUUUAUAUUAAUUUUAUCCUGUUUUCAGAAUUGAAAUCUAUUUCAUUUCAAAUUCAAAUAAAAUAAAAGGUUCAUAUUGUUGCCACUUGUUCUAUAGGUAAAACUUUUCAUUGCUACUAAUUGUGACUCAGUAUUGCUAUGUGAAAAACUGUUCUUCUGAAAAUGGGCAACCUUUGAUGAAUUUUGUUUUAUAAAUUUCCCCUUAGCUUUAAUCUUAUAAUCAUCUGAUAACUAUUAACUGCCAGAAAAACACCCCCCAAAUUUUCAACAGUGUGAAUUUUUUAAUUCCAUUUCGUUAUUUCCUUAAAGCACUUCCAUUGACUUAUUAAAAUUUCCUUUUGAAAUCAUGGAUUUAAAUUGUCCCUUGCUCAUGGAGAAAAGGCUUAACCCGAAGUUCAAGGCCUUUAAAUUUUCAUCUGUGUCAAGCCUAAAAUGCCCUCAGUAACUCUCUCCUGCCUGUGGGAGGAGCCACAGAGCAAGGUUCUUCUACGCUGUCCCCUUACUGUCUCUUGGCAAGCCUUAAUAGUCUAGACCAAGAACAAUUGAGUAUUUCUAAAAUUAAUAAUGAAGACUAAAUAUGCAACUGUAAUUGUGGUGAGAUAUACGUAAUCAGUAGGCCCCCUCCCUCCCAUAUUAUAGAAAUAAAUUUUUAUGUAUUGGUACUAGACCUUUUGUCGUACAAACUCAUAUUCAUAGUUUUGUGUGUUUUUUCUGCUCUGGACACCUACUAGUUUUAAUAUCUGAUAUAAAAAUGGUUUUUGAAAGAAACUUACUAGAUAAACAAGGGGGAGGAGGAUCAUUCUUCUGAUCAUUAUCAGUAGUACUUUUAGGGACUGUCAUUUUUUACCUUUCUCUGAAAAUUCAGAAUAUGUUUGGUGGUCCUUAGUGUCCCAGCUGUAUCUGUAUUCCAUUUACCUGUAAACGUGUCAGUUCUGUGGCCAAACCAGCAAGUACAGUGUAGUGACACUAACUGAAGCCUUUGUUUGAAAUCUUUUGUCCUAUUCAAGGUAGCUGCCGGUGGGCUCCUUAAGUAUUUGUCUUUUUCCCACCAAGCAAACGGUGUCCAUCCAUGUGUCCAUUGUACCUUCCACAAUGUACUUGGCUUAACAAAGACAAGCAGGCUCUCGACUAAGACCUCUUAUAUUUUAGUUUUCAUAUAUACUUAUUUAAUCCUUUCAUUUUUUACUGUACAGCAAGGUGCUCUAAGUAAUGUUGCAUAAAAUAUAUUUAAUAGGAGUUUGAGUUUGAUACCCAUGGACAUGAAUACAUGUAUUUUUUUAAGAAAUAAGCAUUGUGUAACACUAUGGCAUCGCUUCUAUAGCCAAAGCAUAAAAAGUUCUGGAACACUGACAUGUUAGUUCUGACAUUGCAUCUCAUUGCAAUAGGAUGAUUUGCAUUCUGUACAAUUGUCCUGAACAUCAAGCUGCAUGCCUUAAAGCCUCAAACCUAGAUUGUGCUCAUGGUAGAACGGGCUAUCUGUUCAGAACAAGCAGUGAAGCGAGGUCUCUAGCGCUUCUCUAACUACCUUUGGGAAACUGUACAAUGUUAGAAUAAUUUAUUUUGCUUUACAGGAGUUUGUCAUGUAUUGACUUUAAUAUUGUAUUUUGGUAAUAAAUUUUUUUGUUAAAAAUA